AUGGUUCGCCCGUACGCCGCCAAAUGGCUCAAGAAGAAGCGGAAGAGGAAUCCCUCGGCCGCUGCCUCCGACGCUGAAGAUGUGGAGGGAAGUUAUGGAGAAGAAGCCGAAGACCAGAUGAAAGAGGAGGUCGAAGAGAAGAGGAGGAAGCAGGAGGUAGAACGAGGAGCGGGAACGGCGGCCGAGGGAAGAGAGGAGGAAAGUCCUGAUGAGCCUCUCCCUGCUCAUGUUCUUCCCGGACUUCCCCUUGCGAAGAUCCCCGACGAGGACGCGAAGCCUGGGGUCAUAUUCAUACUAGAGAAGGCCUCCUUAAACGUCGGGAAAGUAGGAAAGGUGCUUAAUUUUUUCAAUAUAUCAUGAUAUUCUUUGCUAGAUUUUCCCCCAGGAGAUGGAUGAGAUUCUAUUGCUUGAUUCAGGGUUUAGGGUUUUUCAUCUUCAUGGUUUCCACUCGUGAAAUCUGAUUCUCUGACAUCGCUCUUAAAACCCAGAAUUCUGAUCGUACUUUGCUCAUGGCAGAAAGAAAAUAUUCUGAACGCAGAUGACCACGCCAAUUACUUGAGGAAGCAGGGCAGAGAUCCCGCUGAAUUUCGUCCUGAUAUAUUGCACCAGGUCUGUUUCUUUGUUUGUAGCGACCUCUAUGCUCCCUGGUCAACGCUGAAUCUCUAGGAAAAAAAAUUAUCCAGACGUAGUCAUUUCUAUUUCCAAGCUUCAAAGGUUUUGACUAGAUUGCCUUCCUGGGUUUGAUUGGUCGUUGACUUUUAUUGCCUAUGCGGCCCUUUUUAUAGGCGAUGCUUGCCAUAUUGGACAGCCCUCUCAACAAGGCCGGAAGGUUGCAAGCCCUGUACGUUAAGACCGACGAUGGAGAACUCAUUGACGUCAAGCCCCAUGUCCGCCUGCCAAGAACAUUCAAACGGUUUUGCGGCCUCAUGUGUAAGUCAAUCCAUAGCCGGCAAGAAAAAAAAACUGUCUUGUAGAGAUUGAUGCGUCUUCUGUUCUUAUUCUUUUACUCUUCGUGGAGAACAUUAUCUCAUCAAAAUUUUGUGCUUGCAGAUCAAUUGAAGUGUAAGAAGAACAUACAUGCAACUGGUAAACGAGAAAAGCUCUUUCGGAUGAUCAAAAACCCCGUCACUCAGCAUCUACCGGUCAAUUCCAGGAAAAUAGGUGAGAGAAUGUGGUCAACAGGGUUCUGACUCAGACUUUGCCGGGCCCGGUUUGUCUUUCUGGGCUCGGUCUUCACAUCUGAGCUCCGGAAAACCUGGGCUGAACUUCUGGGCUUGCCCCGUCCAGCAGCAAUCAUGCUGAAAACAUAGCUGACGCCCAAGUGCUCUGUUGCCACUGCAGGUUUUUCUUAUAGUUCGGAUAAAUUAGUCCAUCUGCGGGAUUAUGUUGCUGCGGUGGGCGAUGAUUCCACCCUCGUCUUUGUGGUAUGUUGAGAUUUGGACUAUAGUCUUCGUCUUUAUGCCAUCUGAUAUUAUUGGGUUGCUUGUCUGAUUCGACUUAUUUUUGAGAUUCUGACUAUUGUUCAUAUCUCUUGAUCCAUAAGAUAUUAUCGGAUUGUAUCCCUGGUUUGGGUCAUGUUGACUUUCUGACUAUAGUUUAUUCCAUGUGAUAUUAAUGUUUGCAUCUCUUAUUUGGGUAAUUUUGAGAUUCUGGCUAUAGUGUAUAUCUUUAUUUGUAUAUGAUAUUAUUGGGUUGCAUCUCCUAUUUGGCUGAGUCCCAUUAUGUAUCGCCCAUCAGGUUGGAGCUAUGGCCCAUGGGAAAAUUGAUGCGGAUUACACGGAUGACUUUGUAUCAGGUGAUUUGCAUCCAAGUCAACCCACCACGUCCUUCUUCUUCUUCUUAUUCUUGUUAAUAAUUUAAAUGUUUAUUAUGAAAAAUACUAAUAUGGAAUGCUUGGUUUGUCUGGUGUGGACUACAACGUGCUCCUCUUUAAUAUACUAUUUUUUUUGUUACUUUUAGCAAAAAAAUCGGCAAGUGUCUAAUUUAUCUUACUUCAAAAAAAUAUUCACUUUCUAUCUAAUUUUCCGAGUUCUAUUGUGGUUCAUGUGGAAUAAGAAAUAAAUAAAUAUAUAUAUAUAUUCAGUUCCUUUUUGUCUAGAUCCAGUGAGUUCCUAACCUCAUCUAUCUCCAUCCCUGCUGCAGUUUCAAACUACCCUCUGAGUGCUGCAUGCUGCAUAGGCCGGAUCUGCAAUGUGCUGGAGCACAAGUGGAACAUCUUAUGA